AUGUUGGGAAGGAAGAAAAAUGGCAUAAUGUGUGGAAUGGAAACUGUAGAAAGUGAGAUUGAAAGAGUUUCAAGAGACGAUGAUAGAAGCUCCCACAGUAUCUCCACUGGCAUCCUUCCUUCCCUUGGAGCACACAGUAACCGCAGAAUCAAGCUUCGCCCUUUCAUUAUCUCUCCCUUUGAACCACAUUACAGAGUUUGGGAAACAUUCUUGAUAAUACUGGUCUUUUACACGGCAUGGGUGUCUCCUUUUGAAUUCGGUUUCCUUGAUCACCCUACGGGGCCUCUCUCUAUUACAGACAACGUUGUAAAUGGAUUUUUCGCGAUUGACAUUAUCCUGACAUUUUUUGUUGCUUACCUCGAAAAAGCAACUUAUCUUCUCGUCGACAAUCCAAGCCGGAUUGCUUGGAGGUAUGCAAAAACUUGGUUAUUUUUUGAUGUCAUCUCGACAGUACCUUCAGAAAUUGCUCGGAAUUGUUUGCCCCGUCCUUUUGAAUCGUAUGGAUACUUUAACAUGCUCCGUCUCUGGCGUCUCCGAAGAGUCAGCUCUAUGUUUCAAAAAUUGGAGAAAGACAAAAACUACAAUUACUUUUGGGUUCGAGUGGUGAAGCUUAUGUGUGUUACUCUCUUUGCUGUUCACUUCGCUGCAUGCGUCAAUUUUCUUAUUGCUAACAAGUUUCCGGAUCCGAAACAAACAUGGAUAGGUCUUUCAAAUGAAAAUUUUCAUCAAGCGAGUUUAUGGACGGUAUAUGUGACUUCCAUGUACUGGUCCAUUACCACUCUCUCGACUACUGGAUAUGGUGAUUUGCAUCCGAUGAACACGAAUGAAAUGUUAUUUGACAUCUUCUACAUGCUCUUCAACCUUGGACUGACAUCCUAUAUCAUUGGAAACAUGACCAACUUAGUUGUUCAUGGAACCAGUAGAACUAGGAAAUUUAGAGAUAGUAUUCAAGCUGCUUCGAGCUUCGCUAAAAGGAACCAGCUUCCUCCUCGACUGCUAGAUCAGAUGCUAGCACACUUGUGCCUAAGGUACAGAACAGACUCGGAAGGGCUCCAGCAGCAAGAAACACUCGAUGCACUUCCAAAGGCCAUUCAAUCUAGUAUAUCACAUUUUCUUUUCUAUUCCCUAGUCGAUAAGGUCUACUUGUUCCAUGGGAUAUCAAAUGACCUACUUUUUCAGCUGGUCUCGGAGAUGAAGCCCGAGUAUUUCCCUCCAAGGGAAGAUGUAAUUUUGCAAAAUGAAGCACCUUCGGAUUUGUAUAUUCUGGUUACUGGUGCAAUGGAUCUUAUUUCCUAUAGAAAUGGAAUAGAACAGGUUGUUGGGGAGCUAAAGACGGGGGAUGUUUGUGGUGAAGUGGGAGUUCUUUGUUACAGGCCGCAACUUUUUACUGUUCGUACAAAACGAUUAAGUCAGUUGCUGCGGUUGAAUCGUACUACCUUUUUGAAUAUUGUUCAGGCAAAUGUUGGGGGUGGGACAAUGAUCAUGAACAAUCUUCUUCAGCAUUUGAAAGAGCACAAAGAUCCCAUGAUGCAAACAAUUUUGGCAGACACAGAGCACAUGCUGGCACAGGGAAGAAUGGACGUGCCUCUCAGCUUGUGUUUUGCAGCUGAAAGAGGGGAUGAUCUGUUGAUGCACAAUUUGCUGAGACGAAGUUUGGAUCCAAAUGAAUUAGACAGCAAUGGACGCACAGCUUUGCAUCUUGCAGCAUCAAAAGGAUGGUUAGAAUGUGUUCUUCUACUACUAGAUUAUGGAGCAGAUCCUAACAGAAAAGAUUCCGAAGGAAAUGUUCCAUUAUGGGAUGCAAUAUUGGGGAAACAUGAAUCCGUAAUAAAACUACUGAUAGACAAUGGGGCAACAUUAUCUUCUGGUGAUGUUGGUCAGUUUGCCUGCUUCGCAGUCGAGCAAUGCAACAUAGAUUUGCUCAAGGAGAUUAUCAAAUAUGGAGGGGAUAUUACAUUGCUCAACAGUAUGGGAACAACGGCACUUCAUACAGCUAUAUGCGAAGAAAAUAUUGAAAUUGUCGAGUUUCUGAUGGAACAAAGAGCCGAUAUUGACAAACCAGAUGUUCAUGGUUGGACACCCCGAGCUUUAGCCGAUUAUCAGGGCCACAAGGAUAUUAAAGCCUUAUUUCAAACCAAGCAAGAGUUCAACAACAAGAAGACAGACCACAAAACCAAAAAUUUAAUACCCGACGUGCAGGAUGCACCCUACCUUAAGAAGUACUCCAGUGAACCUACAUUACCUCCUUUGAACACAGAAUACACAUCGCCAAAGGCUCCUUCAAAACAAAUGACAAGAAAUUUUCAAAACUCACUCUUCGGGAUUAUGUCUGCUGCCAAAAAACCAAAUGAAGGAGGAAGGGGUGUUUUUCCGUCUCCUCUCGGCCUUGCUACUCCACAGAACCGUGCCAGAGUGGUCCUCAGUUGUCUUGAAAGGGGUGAUGGUGCUAAAAAUCUGGUGCUUUUGCCAGGUUCUCUUCGAGAACUUUUGGACUUGGGAUAUCAGAAAUUUGGUUUUCAUCCCACCAAAAUUUUAACAAUAGAUGGUGCUUUGAUUGAGGAUUUGGCUGUAAUAAGAGAUGGCGAUCAUCUUGUUCUAGCCAGUGAUGAUGGACAACAGAGUGAAGAGCAUAGAUAG